AUGGCCAUGACACGAAGCCAGAUAAUAACGCGGUCCAAAAAGGUCAGGGUGACUAUGGAAAAACUUCUCUCCCUCCCUAUGGAUAUCCAGAUCGAAGCCCUCUCCUACCUCGACAUGGAAUCCCAAAUCGCCGCUUCCAAAUCAUGGAAUACAUGGGCUUCUAUCCUCCUAUCAUUUUAUGCAACCCAAAUACCUCGAAGAUUCCCAGAAACACACGAAGAAACAGGCUUUCGAGACAUCUCGGCCUUACUCGACAGCGGCCGUCAGAAUUGGUAUGUUAGGACAGCAUGCGAAUAUGGAGUAAUCUAUACCUACUUCUUCAUCGAAUCGAGAGGUAGAGCAUUGGCUUUUGACCAAAAGGGUUAUUUAGACAUCCCGGAUGCGGAAGAAGGAAGGGAUAUUUCAUCCUGUCCGCUUCUAUACGAUAGAAUAUUCCCAAACAGGGAAUUUAACAUCAGACAACCCCAAAGGACCACCAUUACUGACUCUGGGGAGAUACGGAUCAAUAAGCCUAUAAAAAGGGUGAAAUGGAAGCCUUUGACACCAUUUUUUAUUCUCCUUGAUCUGAUGGUUCCUUUACCUCAACAGAGACAUAGGUACGCCCAUAGGCUACAUGAUCCCAGGGCAAUUGGCUGGAGAGAGAAGAUGUUCAAGUUCAACGUUUAUAAGAAGGCCACCGUGAUGGAUUUGGUACAGGGUGGGAUAGAUAUACUGUGGGAUAUGAAUCGGAAGGGGAAUUUACCUAGGAAGCGUGGGGUUUAUCAGGUGUUUGUAGAGAUAUAA